AUGUCCAGGAUAAGAUACCACACAGUGAUGCAGUAUGUUAAGAUGCUCUCUAUGGAGCAUAAGAGAAGGACAGCAGUCUCUGGUCUCUGGGUGAUGUUCCUCAUGAUCACUCUCAGGAAGUACAGUCUCUGCUGGGCCUUUUUCAGCAACCCAGAGGUGUUCAUGCUACAGAGUCUCGGCUGUGAUGAGUAUCUGGGGUCAGGGAAGGUGAUAGACAAAUGCGGCGUUUGUGGAGGGGACAACUCAACCUGCAGGCUCGUCUCAGGAGUCUUCAGACACAGUUUGUCCAAGAUCGGCUACCACAGAAUAGUGGAGAUCCCAGAGGGAGCCACGAAGAUCAACGUGACGGAGAUGGUGAAGAGCAGAAACUACCUUGCUUUGCGAAGCCGUUCUGGGAGAUCCAUUAUUAAUGGAAACUGGGCCAUUGACCGACCGGGGAAGUACGAGGGUGGAGGGACCAUGUUCACCUACCGCAGACCCAAUGAGAUCAGUACCACAGCAGGAGAAUCAUUUCUUGCAGAAGGCCCCACCAAUGAAGUCCUGGACGUUUAUAUGAUCUUCCAGCAGCCAAAUCCAGGUGUUUACUACGAAUACAUGCUGCCCUCGGAGAACUCUGUUGUGCCUCAGCAGCCAAACCACAGAUCAGAAGAAAAACCCACGACUGGACCAAAUGAACACAACCAGCACAAUAACGCACAACAGGAACACUCAAAUCCGGCAGGAGGGGGGAGAUAUCCCCCUCGCAUCCCUGACAACCAGGUACCUGCCGUCCAACCACCCAGACGUGAGCGACAGUACAACUGGAAACUGGCUGGUGCCACAGAAUGCAGCGCCACCUGUGGAAAAGGUUUCAGGUAUUCAGUCUUUCACUGCGUGCACCGGCAGAACCACGUUCAGGUGUCGGACGGUUUGUGUGACAGCAGCGGGCGCCCGACGCCGCAGGAGGAGGCCUGCAACCUGCAGCCAUGCCCAGCAUUCUGGGAUAUCGGAGAGUGGUCCGAGUGCAGCAAGACGUGUGGCCUGGGCAUGCAGCACCGGCAGGUCCUGUGCCGUCAGGUUUACGCCAACCGCACCCUCAACGUCUACACGAGCCGCUGCCGACACCUGGAGCAACCCGAAACAGCCAGUACCUGCCAGCUGAAGAUCUGCAGUGAGUGGCAGAUCCGCUCCGAGUGGACCGCUUGCUCAGUGCCAUGUGGGCUGGGUCAGAGGUCCAGAGAUGUUCGCUGUGUGAGCAACGUGGGCGACUUUGUUCCUGAUGACGAGUGCAACAUGAAUCUACGGCCCGUCGAUGUAGAAAACUGUGACAUGGGAGCCUGCGCUAAGAGCUGGUUCUACACAAACUGGGGCACCAGGUGCUCUGCUGAAUGUGGGAUGGGCGUGCGAACCAGGGGGGUUCUCUGCCUGACCAACCACAUCAGCAGUCUUCCUCUGGAGGGAUGCGGCAGCGAGCGACCUGCAGACUCUCAGGUCUGCAACAAUGGCCCCUGUGAGAAUCACAUUGAAUGGUUCACAGGUCCCUGGAGUCAGUGCUCUGCGGAGUGUGGUCCUGGCAGCCAGCAGAGGUCAGUGGUGUGUUUAAUGAAGUCAGAUGAAGGAAUCACCGUCAUGCCGCCGUAUGAAUGCUCGUCUUUGAACCGACCCCUCAGUCAGCAGAGCUGCAACCUGAAGGCCUGUGGAGCCAAGUGGUACCACACUGACUGGAGUGCUGUGAGUGAGACGACACACUUUUCUACUUUUAGUCUUUACGUGUUUAGAAUGUUCCCAACAAAUAAAAAUAUUAGAUAUUUGGUUGAAGUGGAGGCUUGA